AUGACGAGCGCGGCUGCCUUGUGCUUGACGCUCCUCUUGGCCAUUGCAUGGGGCAAUCAGCCCGCAUUCGCAGUGCAGUACCGUGCGUAUGUCACAGCAUACAUUCAUGGCAUGAACGUCGAAGGCGACUGCGAUCCAUUCGGUGGCUCCUGUGACACGGAAUGCAGUUCGUCUGUAACGUUUCCGCCCGCUGCUGCGGUAUCCAAAAAUCUCGGCGAGUACGACGACUCUUCAAACCCCGUUUGGAACUCGUACUAUUACAACAACCAGCCGAUCGACAACUUUGGGGGCAAGAUCAUUUGGUACUUUAAUUGCAACGACUACGAUCCCACCAGCGCAAACGACGACAUGGGUCGAUACAACACGCCAGCUGACCACCAGGCCAUGAACGUCAACACUGACUACGGAAACGUCGCGGCCGGCACUUGGUACGACCUCGGAGGAACAACUGGCAGCGACGAUUUGUCCGUCUACCACAUCUAUGUCGCGUACCGAGCCAACUGUGACACGGAUUACUACAAUAACAACUGCGGUGAAUACUGCCAUGCUGGAAACCCUCCCGCUUGUACCGACUGCAAUCCCUCAACAGGCUAUUGCAUCUGCAACCCUGGCUACCAGGACAAAGACUGCGGCACCUGCUCCACCAACUACUGGCAAGUUGGCACGUCGGGACAGCCUGGGUUCCAGUGCGUGUACUGCCUCGGACAAAACACGGCUUCUGCUUGCUACUCGUGCCAAGCUGGUGGUGUCAAGGUUUGCUGCGACGCUUGGAAGGGCACCGAAUGCAACGUGAAGAAGUCCUGCGGCGCCUUCCCUGUCGCACCAGCAAACUCUGCGCGCGCAACCGAUGGCACUUCUUGCACGUGCUCAGAGUAUCAAUGCACUUGCAAGUACUCGUGCAGCGCAGGCUACACUGCUACGCCCGUCACCUCCACAUGCGGCUUCGAUGAGCAAUGGACAACGGUUGCCGGACUCCAAUGCCUCGAUGUCAACGAGUGCGCUCCGGGAGGCGGAAACCUGUGCGCCCAGAACUGCACCAACACGAUCGGCGACUACACCUGCAGUUGCAUGCCCGGCUACAACCAGAACGGCGACGGUCGCGGCGAGUAUGGCUGCACGGGUAUUGAUGAAUGCGCCACAGCAGGGCAGGGCGGCUGCGCUCAAGACUGCACCAACACUCCGCUCUCGUACUACUGUGGCUGCUUUGCUGGAUUCACAUUGGCGCCGAACGGCAAGGACUGUACCGACAACAACGAGUGCACGCUUGGCACCCACAACUGCGACUCGCACGCAAGCUGCACCAACACGUAUGGCGGAUUUUACUGCACCUGCAAUGCUGGAUUUACCGGUGCGGGGACUGCGGGUACAUGUGUCAACACGAACGAAUGCGGGCAGUCGCCAUGCGUGGCAAAUGCCGCGUGCGUCGACUCGCCAGGCUCGUUCACGUGCACCUGCAACGCUGGCUACACUGGCGACGCGUACGUGUCGCACAACGGCUGGUGCGCUCACGUCAGUGCCGUGUCCUUUGCCGACUCGUCCGUCAUGGUUGUCAGCAAGCCCGCGAGCGGAAACAUUACUGUGACGCUGCAAGUGAAUGCGAGCGCUUCGGUCGACCUCUCGAGCGUUCAGUUCUCAGUCGUCGGCACCAACGCCACUGCGGGUGUGGACUAUGUGGUCUUGACGGCGUCUCCGUUGGUCUUCAACGUGUCGGAUACGUCCCGCGUGAUUCAGGUGGCCAUUCUGAGCAACAGCUUCACGACCAACUUGCAGAGCUUGAACAUCCAGUUGCACGACCCAGUCCACCUGGUCGUUGAUCGCUUCAACAACGCCACUGUCAUCAUUAACGCAGCAGGCACGGUGCGCUUUGCCCAAGCCUCGCGCGCCUUCAGCGUCAACAUUACUGCUGGAAGCUAUGCCCUCACUGUCGAACGCGUGUCGGCUUCGUCUUUGGCACGCGCCGUCAAUGUCACCAUCUACCGUAGCCAGCCCGCCCCGCAGUGGUUCUCUGUGGUCAUCGCUGUGAACCAGCUGACUGCUGUUUUGACCGUGCCGCUUGCCAUGUCGACCGCGCCCUCGUUCGAUACCGUCUACACGUACACCAUCACCAAUGCCACAUUGAUUGGCUCGACUGCGCGCCCUCCAUACAUUGGCGACUAUGCCACAGCAGCC